AGAAAUGCAUCAAAUGUCUUCAAUUCAUCCAUUUCACACUGAUCUGACAAACAGCAACAAACAUGUUUUGUUGGAUCGGUGUGAAGUUGCCUCGAGAGUACAAAAUACAUGUGAUGUCAAACACUGACUUAUGUUCAUCAUAAUCUUCCUCCAAAAUAAAAGUAUCUGCUGCUGUUGGUGCAGGUCUAUGGGAUGCUUUUGAUGAAGUUGAAGAGAUGGACGAUGGUGGAGAUGGAGCAAAUGCUGCUGGUGCAGAUGAAGAAUCUGAUAUAAUUUACAUCAAACAGCUACGAGGAGGACGACACCCAAUAGAUUUGAAUGUUUCUAGUGACAUCAACAACAAAUUGCUCAAGAAAGAAACAUGGAAAAUAAAAAAAGAAGUGCUAAGAAAGCCAACAAUGCAUCUUGCAUCAGCUGACAUCAAUAUGAUGGAUGUCAUUGGCAUCAUCGACACAUUUGACAGACCAGGAGAUGCGUACACAGAAGACACAUACGCUCGAUGUGGAACACAUGCAGUAGCUUUCGAGGACGAGCCAGGAAAGAGACUCCCUAAAGCUGGAGCUCAAUGUGAAGCAGGAGUGGGUCGAGCUCGUGCUGAAUUCAGUGUGUUUGAAGCAGAAGCUAAAGGUCCGAACGCCUCGGCCGGUGCUGAAGCAAGCGUAGGUGCACUCGGAGCCAGUGCGAUGGCUCGAGCUGAAGUUGCCAGCGCGUGUGCUAAAGCCGGUCCGGUUGGUGUGAAGGUGGGGCUUGGGGUGGACACAGGGAUAUCUGUUGGUAAAGGUGGAUUCGAGGCAAAAUUCCUGGGAACUGGAUUUACAAUUGGUCCAAAAACUAGUAUUUCUCUUCUGGGUUCAGAAGUGUCAUGUUCAGUCAUGUAGUCAUACAGAAAUGAAUGCAUGUAACAUUGUAGUAGCGGACUGUGAUGUACAUUUAAAAAACACGUCCUGAAAACUAAUUCUGUUUAAUUUUAAUGCAGUUAACCAAAUUGUUAUCAAUGCCAGAAAUAAAUAUGAAGUGA